CCAGCCCUCCUCUGCAGCGGUCGCUUGUUGCUGCUGUCUCGGAGCAGGGAUUUUUCUUCUCAUUAUUUUUUGUGGGAGUGGAAAUUCCGCCGUUUCUGCCUCCUCACCACCAGACUGUGUGUUCCUGACAGUUCAGCUGCGAGCAGAGAGAGAAGCUGGACCCGAACCACACGGAGUCCACACCAGGAGGGUAUUUUUCGGCUGAAGACUGAUUUUCGUGGCAUUGUUUUUUCAUUUUUUUCCUCCUUUUGGAAGUAUGUGAAUCAUUCCUGCCGGGCGUCAGAUCGGGAGCGCAGCGGUGCCACUUUUUGCCUCUGGAUUUUGGUUUUUGCUUCUUUUUUUAUUCUUUUUUGUUGCGUUUGGAUUAUUUUCUUCCAGGAGAUGCCAAGUUGUUGCCCGUGAAGCGCAGGAUGCUGGGGACUCUCCAACCACCAGAUCCCUUACUCUGAGAGAAUAUCCCUUAUUUCUGAUUCUCUCUUCUUCUUUGGUCUUGUUUUUGGUUGGUUUAUCUUAUUAUCGAUGUGGUGCCAUAAUCUAAGGAUGCGCUGUGGAUUUCUAUUGUUCCUUUUCACCCAAAUCAUCUCGGUGUCUCCGUUCACUUACAUUGAUCGAUGCGGCGGAGAGAUCACCAUCCACUCGGCGAACUACCUGACCUCCCCGGGUUACCCCGGCGCCUACCCGCCCUCCCAGCUCUGCGUGUGGGUCAUAACCGCCCCAGAACCCGGGCAGAAAAUCCUUAUCAACUUCAACCCGCAUUUUGACCUGGAGGACAGAGACUGCAAGUAUGACUAUCUGGAAGUCUACAACGGCGGCGUAGAAGAGGCUUCGUCCAUGGUGGGGAAGUUUUGCGGGAAAAUCGCGCCGUCGCCGAUCAUCUCGAGCGGCGACCAGCUCCUCAUCAAGUUCGUCUCCGACUACGAAACCCACGGAGCGGGAUUCUCAGUCCGAUACGAGGUCUUCAAGACAGGUCCAGAAUGCUCCAGGAACUUCACGGCUCCCAGCGGCGUCAUCGAGACGCCUGGUUUUCCAGAGAAAUACCCCAACAACCUGGAGUGCACCUUCAUGAUAUUCGCCCCCAAGAUGGCGGAGAUCACGGUGGAGUUCUUCAGCUUCAACAUGGAGCCCGACACCACGCCUCCGGCCGGCGCCGUCUGCCGCUACGACUGGCUGGAGGUUUGGGACGGCUUCCCCGCCGUGGGUCCUCACAUCGGCAGGUACUGCGGCCACAAGUCGCCGGGUCGGAUCAUCUCCCACACGGGCAUCCUGUCCAUGACCAUCACCACUGACAGCGCCAUCGCCAAGGAGGGCUUCACGGCCAACUACACCAUCCGGGAGAGGGAGCCGCCCGCUGGGCUCCAGGACGACGGUUUUGCCUGCAUGGAGCCGCUGGGCAUGGAGUCUGGGGAAAUCCCCUCUGACCUGAUCAGGGCGUCCUCCCAGUAUAACUCCAACUGGUCCCCAGAACGCUCCCGGCUCAACUACCAGGAGAACGGCUGGACGCCGUCAGACGACACCAUCAGGGAAUGGAUUCAGGUCGACCUGGGCUUCCUCAGGUACGUCACCAGCAUCGGGACCCAGGGAGCCAUUUCAAUGGAGACCAAGAAGCAUUACUACGUCCGCUCCUACAAAGUGGACCUGAGCACCAACGGAGAGGACUGGAUCACCGUGAAGGAGGGCUCCAAACAAAAGAUCUUUCUGGGGAACCACAAUCCAACAGACGAAGUCCGUGCCUUCCUCCCCAAACCCACUCUGACCCGAUUCGUUCGUAUUCGCCCGCUUACCUGGGAGCAAGGCAUCUGCAUGCGCUUUGAGGUCUACGGCUGCAGAAUAUCAGACUACCCGUGCUCGUCGAUGUUAGGCAUGGUGUCGGGGCUGAUCUCUGAUCCUCAGAUCAACGCUUCGUCCUUCGCCGACCGGGGCUGGGUGGCCGAGAACGUCCGGUUAUUGACGGGCAGGUCGGGAUGGACCGGGCAGCAGUCCAAGCAGCCCUUCAAGAACGAGUGGCUGCAGGUGGAUCUGGGCCAGGACAAGAUACUGAGCGGUGUGGUGAUCCAGGGAGGAAAACACCACGACCGCAACGUUUACAUGAAGAGGUUCAAGGUCGGCCACAGCCUGGACGGUGAAACCUGGACGGUCAUUAAGGAGGAGAACACCACCAGGCCGAAGAUCUUCAUUGGGAACCAGAACCAUGAAACCCCGGAGAUGAGGCCACUCGGCCCGCUUCUGACCCGGUUCAUCCGGAUUUACCCAGAGAGGGCAACAACAGAGGGCAUCGGCCUCCGACUGGAGUUGCUGGGCUGCGAACAGGAAGAGAAAACCACAACAGGGCCUCCCACCACCAGCGCGCCGUCCACCACGCCGCCCAUGACCACGUUCGGUGCCACCACCGCAGCGCCGACCACGCAUCCCACCACCAUGUCGUGUCCGGAGUGCCAGGAAAGGGAGCAGGACUCCGAAACGGAGAGCACUCUGGUCUACAACGAACAUUUCGGAAUCGUCAUGACCCCCAACCCCAAUGUUGACAUUCCAGCUUACGUUUGGUUUGCCUGUAACUUCGACUUAUCGUCGUUAUGCGGUUGGACGAAGGACAGCGGCUCAGGAGCCGAGUGGUUCAUCCAGAGCAGCGAGGCUCCGGUCCACAGAGGCCCGAUGCUCGACCACACAGGCGGUUCAGGGAACUUCAUCUACAUGCAGCUGACAGACACAAUCACACCCAGUAAGCCUGGAGAGGAGCAGAGCAGGGAGGAGAAGGUGGCCCGGCUGGUCAGUUUAUCCAUCAGCACGUCGGACGCCAGCCUCUGCAUGUCCUUCUGGUACCAGAUGGCCGCCGAGCGCGGAGGGGCGCUCCACAUCAGCUAUCGCCACGACCACGACGACAAGGUCCAGGUCCUGUGGAUGAAGAGCGGCCAUCAGGGCAGCAGGUGGAGGGAAGGCCGUGUCUUACUUCCUCAAACAAGACUCUCUUAUCAAGUGUUGGUGGAGGGAAUCGCAGACAGACGCAGCACAGGCCACAUCGCGGUGGAUGACAUCCAAAUCAUGGACGAGCUCAACAUUCAGGACUGCAAGGAUCCAGAAGCUCCAACAUCUCCACCCACUAAGAUCUUAAUGCUACCCAUGGACUCCCUCUCUCAGGAAACGGGUGAACUGGGCCGGCCGGGCAACAUGCUGAAGACGAUAGACCCCAUCCUCAUCACCAUCAUCGCCAUGUCGGCUCUGGGCGUCUUCCUGGGCGCCAUCUGCGGCGUCGUGCUGUACUGCGCUUGCUCGCAGGGCAGCAUGACCGACAGGAACUUAUCCGCCCUGGAGAACUAUAACUUUGAGCUGGUGGACGGCGUCAAGCUAAAGAAGGACAAGAUAAACGGACAGACGAACAACUACUCAGAGGCAUGAAGGCUCAGGGGCCAGAGCUUUGGCAGCUCCGCUAGCGGACACGUUACAAGCAGCCAAUCACGGGGCUGAAGCCACUAAUGGGACGGCAGGGUGGGCUAACAGUGAGCCAAUUUCAUUUUUAUUUCUCAGGAGCGUUGGUGGAAGGGACUCACCUGUAGGGGGCACUGUGUAUAAAGAACCUGUACAGCAAAAAAGAAGAAAACUAAGGAUUCUCUUUGUUUUUCGGCGUGCUUUGUUGAUUUUAUGUAAUCACAUGCUGGUGUUGAGACCAAUUCAGACGAAAGUAUCAUUAGUGAACUUUUGCAGAAAGAUUUAAUGUUUCUGUUUGUGGUUUUUCUCGUCUUUUUGUUCGAAUGUUUUGAAGAAUGAGCGAAGCUAGCUUAACGCGUGUGCAAGUGUGUGUGGACGUCUCACUCAUAUACAUCCGCAUCUGAGUUGUGUCUGACGAUACAAACCGUGUGUGUGUGAUCUUGACGCAGGACCACUGACCUGCUCCGACAGUGCCUUUCUUUUCCUGUUUUUCUGUUGCCUUGUUUUCUGCUGGUUGUUUUCCCAUCGGCUGGCAUUCUGUCCAGGGUUCUUAUACAAACUACGGGGAAAGGUUUCCAGACUGUGUCUGUAAAGCAGCAUCUUUUUAUUGCUGUAAUUUUACCAUAAAACAGCAUCUGGUUGCACUGGCAUUCACUCAGCUGUUGAGUUCCAGGUUUAUAUCCGCAGAACUGAAGAAAACUAUGAAAAUUCCCAAUAUGGUAAAUGUGUAGGAGCCCUGAAUGCCUCAUAUUCAUGGCACAUGACACAUCCAACGUAUUGUACAUAGGUUUUAAUAUAUAUUUGAACGCCCUUUUCUAUAGAGGAAGACGCCAGUGCUGCAGUAUCCUUUCUGUGUUCACACCAGUCUCUGAAGGAUGUUUACCAUCCCUGGAGAUUCAGAGGAGAAAAUGCACCAAUGAAAGGGAAUUUAUGUCUUAACAGGGUAAAAACACAACCUCAGCAGCUACAGUGACAGAAAGUCAAAGGGGUUUCAUUGAUUACACUUGGAUCUGGCUGGACACAUUGUUAAACUGCCUCCAAGGCUUCAUUUUGUGUGAAUGUAAUGUUGAGGUACCAGAAUACAAACUACAUGGACCUGGAUGUAACAACAUGGCCGCCGCAAUGCAAGGCAGCUGCAGAAACUCUGGUGAUAAUGAAACAACACAUUGAGUUAACAUUCUUUUCAGAAAGGUAAAUGACUGAUUUAAAUUUGCAUGACUUUGUAAUGCAAAUUUAGACUUAAUUUGCAUUACAGAUCCUGAAUUUUAACUAAUUUUCAUUGUUUUCUGGGAAAUCGUUGUUUUAGACUUUCCUGCUGCCCAUCUUUACCUUCACAAAGUUGAUUGGGUUGUCCAGUUCAUUUGUGUUUCAUGGAUCAAAAGAGCGCUUACGUAUGUCCCUUUGAUUAAUCUUGUUGGAAUACAGAACACCAGGUUUGCUUUUUAUGGGCGGCCCAGUCCUUUCAGUCCAAAGCAAGAGCUUUUGUCUGUAUUGUUAGCAUUACAGCUGCGUCUCGCCACAGAUCCUGUUGUCUGCAGUUUUAUGUUUUAUGUGUAUUCAAGAGAUCGUUUCCACCACCAUUUGGACCAGACAAAAAACAUCAAACCAAACCGUGCCGACCCAUCCCAUACCUCUCAGCGGAAACGAGGCAAAGGUGUAUUAAGAAGACUAGGUUACCUGGUUUGGGAACAUCUGGGUCUCAAGAGACCGUUUCCUCUGCCAGUUGGACUCUUACUGGACAAGUGGGGUUAAACCCAAACGUCUAACGUACCGUCCUACUAGUAGGACAACAACGCGUCUCGUGCCUGUCAGCAGUGAUGCUUUUCUGUCCCCCAAUCAAUGGACUGUGUUGCCUGAUUCCAGUAUCUCCAACCUAACUGUAACGUACCAUUGUCCUAUGGACCUACAACUGCAGGCGGCCGAGGAAUAGUUCAGUACGGGUCGGGUCUAUGGGCCGUUUUUACAAUGUAAACAGACAAAAUGGCGUACCAAUCUCCACUGAUCCGUGCCAGUCUGCCAUAAGCAGAGCAGUUCGAGUGUCUUGAUGGUCACAUUGUCCAAGGAGUCUAAUGGCUACAAAUAAGCAGCUGGAUAGAAACUUCUUUAAUCCAUAUAAAGUGUUUCCAUUGCAGUUUUGUGAAAUACAGAAUUCAGAUACUGCUGAAAACCCCAUUUCCAAAAUUAGCGUGUUCCCAUUGAGGAAAUUUAUUUGAGUAAUUCCAUGGUCCAUUGAAACUCAGCUACUAGAGGCACCAAAAAAGCCUGGAAGCCUGGAAAAGCAUUGGGAUUCAGAAUCACCUGGGGGACAAAUUUCUGGGUUUUUGUUUCUUCAAUGACAUAAUUUCAGAUGAUUUUGGAAAAGUUUGGGGGAAGCCUUUUCCAUUACUCCCUUUUUUUCCACCUUUUGACACAGUUCUUCUUCACUAUAGGGAUCAUUUAACUUAAUUUUUGACAUAAAAAUGAUCAUUUUUGAAGAUUUAAGGAAGAACCACUCCUUGUGAGAAAAAUAGACUAUUUCCUUCUCCAAAGAACAGAUAUGAACAUUUCCAUUUGGUUGAAAAAGAAAAUCCUGAAUGUGUGUUGUUUUAUUUCAGCUGAGCAAAUAAUCAGAUUUUAUUUAAGCGUAAUUUCUUUAUUGCAUUCAUAUUAUCUUGAAUGUUGAGGAAUGUUGCUUUACAAUUGAAAGAAAACUCUGGGAGAAAAGCUGUUCUGUCAUUCAGCAGCUUGUGUUCAUGAGCAGAUAUAAAUGAUAAAUACACAUCACAAUGUAUUUUCUCCUCUUCCAUAGGAAUGUCUGAUGUUUCAGCCGGACUCUUCUAAAGGAAAAGGAUGCUGCAGCACUCGUCCUGAAAACAAAUGUUGCACUGAUAUAUUUAAAAAAGAAAAAAUCUAUGUGUUUAUGAUGUUGAUUUAUGAAAAGAGAGGAGGAAAGACGGAGAGGACAGUGUUAUUGUUGCUUCUUUUUAACAUGGUUUUAGACGGCCAUGGUAUAAUUAUGAAUUGUACAAUUUACAGAGAUGUUUUUCAUUCUCGAAAAAGCUUAUAUACGAUAACGAUUUUAUUUACUUGGUAUAUCACCUUGUGUUUUUUGUACCGUCAUUGAUGUACGUGCCAUUGUUUUCUUCUGUUUUUCUUUGGAUGACAAGAGAAAGCGUUUUAUUUUCUGUACCGUUUCUGUAGUUUUCUUGUCUAAAAAAAAAAAAAAAAAACAAAGGAAAACAAGGAAGUAAAAAGAAUCAGAAAGCUGUGAGGCCUUAUGUGACUUAAAGUAUUGUUUGUACUUUGACUUUCUGCUCCACACCGACUCAUCCAUCUCUGUUGUUUCAGACUCUCAUCACUGACUAUUACAUUCCAAAGAAUUGGGUCAAAUAAAUGUUUUAAAUAAAA